AUGGAGGCCGUAGCUGACCUCAUGCAGAUGUUUCAUGUGGAGGCCAGUGGGAGUUCAGUGUCACUCAGCCUCUUCCUCAUCUUUCUGGCUCUUCUCUGCUGGUAUUCAGUCUUUCCAUUUUCAGUCCUCUCUCAAUGUGGAGUCAAACAUCCCAAGCCCUUACCAUUCUUUGGCAACAUGUUCAUGUUUCGCCAGGGUUUUUACGAGCCUUAUAAUGAUCUUAUAAAGAAGUAUGGCAGAGUGUGUGGAUACUAUUUGGGCAGGAAUCCUGUGGUGGUGAUAGCAGACCCUGACAUGAUCAAACAAGUGGCGGUCAAGGAGUUCAGCUGCUUCAACAACAGAUUUGAUAAAGCUAUGGCCAUUUCCACCAAGCCCAUGAUUGACAGCCUGCUGAUGCUUAGGGAUGAACGGUGGAAGAGAGUCCGCAGCAUCCUCACUCCAUCAUUCAGCACUGCCAAGAUGAAAGAGAUGGUUCCCCUCAUCAACACAAGCACUGGUACCCUGAUGAACAACUUGGAUGCAUAUGCCAAGACAGGAGAGGCCUUUGACCUGCACAGGUGUUUUAGUUGCUACACCAUUGAUGCUAUUGCCACUGUGGCCUUCGGGACCCAGCUGGAUUCUCAGAACAACCCAGAUGACCCUUUUGUUCGUCAUGCCAAGACCUUCUUCAGCUUAAGUUUCUUCCAGCCCCUUUUGCUCCUUGUCGUUGCUUUUCCUUUCCUGAAGGUUCCUCUGCUGAGUCUCAGCAAAUCACAGUCAGAGUCGGACAAUUUCUUCAUCAGCUGCAUUAAGAAGAUGAUCAAGGAGAGAGAUGAGCAGCCCCCUGAACAGAGACGUCGAGACUUCCUCCAGCUGAUGAUGGAUGCGCGAAGCAGCAAUGAGUGUGUGUCUCUGGAUCAAUUUGACAUGGUGAACAACGCCGAUGAGGUCGGUCACACACACCAACAAACAGACCAGUCAGCCUCAGAGCAGGACAAUGACUAUCAUCAGCCACAGGCGUCAUCCGCCAAAUCUUCACAGAAGCGAACAAUCACAGAUGAUGAAAUUGUGGGCCAGGCUUUUAUCUUCCUGCUGGCAGGCUAUGAAACCACCAGCAACACGUUGGCCUUCAUCUGCUACCUGCUGGCGACCCACCCUGAAUGUCAGCGCAAAUUACAGGACGAGGUGGACCAAUUCUACAGCAGACAUGAGUCACCAGAUUACUUUAAUGUCCAGGAGCUGAAGUAUUUAGACAUGGUUAUAUCUGAAACAUUACGACUCUACCCACCUGGAUUCAGGUUUGCCCGAAUGGUUGAAAAGGAGUGCGUGGUGAACGGCCAGGUUCUCCCUAAAGGAGCACGAGUGGAUAUGUCAGCAGCCUUCCUACACUAUGAUCCAGAACACUGGCCAGAGCCUGAGAAGUUCAUCCCUGAGAGGUUCACGCCCGAGGCCAAGGCCAACCGGCAUCCGUUCGUCUACCUGCCAUUUGGGGCCGGCCCGCGUAACUGUGUGGGAAUGAGGCUUGCCCAGCUGGAGAUGAAGAUGGCACUUGUGCAGUUGUUCCGCAGGUUCAACAUUGUGACCUGCUCAGAGACCAAGAUUCCUCUUGAGCUGACAUCUGUGAGCACUCUGGCACCCAAAGGUGGCGUCAUUGUGAAACUCACAAGAAGAGACAAGUGA